AUGGCGAAGAGGGCAAACAGGGGAGGGACGGGGGGGCGCGCGCUCAAGGUUUUGAAGGCGAGCGAUGAGGACAUCGCGGCGGCUUCGAGGCGUGCGAUCGAUGGCACACUGGACGACACUGGCAGGCUACUCCUCUUCCUCUCGGGCGCGGGGGGAGGGAGCGGCCUGGUGCGCUGCGGCCCGACCUGCAAGGGAAAUCCGCGACGGCCCGACUGCGUCUGCGGGCUGGUGCCGCCCGAGGGCUCGUUCCGAAAGAAAGGACUGUGGCGCAAGGACGCGGAUGCCUUGCUGGAAAAUCUCGGCAGGGACCCCGCCGAUUUGAAGAGGCUCGCGCGCACCCACCCCGCCGGGCUCAAGAACCUCGGCAACACCUGCUACGUCAACGCGGUGCUGCAGUGCCUCUUCGCCAUCCCAACCUUCCGCGCGGCGGUGUACAGGCUCGGACCCGGGGACACCAACGAUGGGCACACCAACGAUGGGCACGCGAACGAUGGGCACGAGCUGAGGCGGUUGUUUGCGUCCCUGCAGUGCGGCGGAAGGAGGUUCGCGGACCCGGCGCGGUUCGCCGAUUCGCUCGCUUUGGAGACUGGGACUCAACAGGACGGUCAGGAGUUUCUCAAGCUCCUGCUCACCUACCUGGAGCGCGUCGCGGGUGAGCGGUGGGGGCGGGGGAAGGAUGCCACGUUCGUCCAGACGCACUUCAGGGGGGAGAGCAGUUACGCCACCACGUGCCAGCGCUGCGGCAGGGCGAGCGCGGCUUCAAAGAACGCGACCGACUUUUACGAGGUUGAGCUCUGCGUCGGCGCGACGGUGGGCGGCAUCGGCAUCACCCUCAACGGGGGUCUGAUGGACUCUUUAAGGCAGUACCUCGCCGAGGAGAGACUCGAGGGUGACAACAAGUACCACUGCGAGUUUUGCGACGCGAAGGUUGACGCCGUCCGCGCGGUGCGGUUGCAUCGGCUGCCGCGUUACGUCAAUUUUCAGCUCAAGCGGUUCGUGUUC